AGCCCGACCGUUGCGCCCGUCUUUCACCCAGCCCUGGUUCCUGUGACAUCCGGAUUCUUCCACCUUCCGCAUCCAUCAACUGCCGCCCGCCACGGCCGAUGUGGUAGCUCUUUCAAAUACUGAUCGCGCCUUUCACUGCACAGCACCGGCCCUUGGCCUACUAUUUCCAUCAUGGCCGCCAAUGCGUCGGUCGUCUUUGACCUCCCGCCUCUCCCGACUUAUACCCUGCUUCCGCGUCCUCCCGUCCUGGCCCCGAUCCCCGACAACAUCCUCUCCCUGAUCCUGCCCGUGGUUGCUUACUGGGCGCUGUCGAUGGUGUAUCACUACAUCGAUGUCAAUGACUAUUUCCCCCAAUACCGCCUACAUACUCCGGCGGAGGUGCUGAAGCGCAACCGGGUGACGCGCUGGGAGGUCGUAAAAGAUGUACUUUUGCAGCAGGUCAUCCAGACGAUCGCGGGUUAUGCCGUCAGCUAUUUCGAUCCGGCAGAAAGCUUAGGGAGGGAGGAAUACGAUGUUGCUGUCUGGGCUCGUCGGAUUCGCAUCUUGCAAAGGGGUCUACCCCAUCUGUUGGCGCUGUUCGGAAUAGACGCUUUGGGAGUAGGGAAGAGCUUGUCGCACAACGGUUGGGGCAUGCUCGGAGGCGCCAUCGCAGGCGGAAACUAUCCUGGAUUCACUCAGUCCGUCAUUCUUGAUACCGGCGCCGAAGUGGUGGCUCCGGCUUUCACCGGCUGGGAGCUUUCGACGGCCAGCUUUAUCUACUGGUAUUUCAUUCCCGCGCUCCAGUUCAUCUGGGGUGUCUGCGUGGUUGAUACCUGGCAAUAUUUCCUGCACCGCGCGAUGCAUCUGAAUCGGUGGCUUUAUGUGACCUUUCACUCUCGCCACCACCGCUUGUACGUCCCGUAUGCGUUCGGUGCUCUCUACAACCAUCCAGUUGAAGGGUUCCUUCUUGACACUGCUGGUACUGGAGUCGCAUUCCUGACAGCCCGCAUGACCACGCGCCAGAGCAUGUGGUUCUUUACCCUUUCCACUAUCAAGACCGUGGAUGACCACUGCGGCUACGCCUUCCCUUGGGACCCGCUGCAGCACUUCACUUCUAACAACGCCGCUUACCACGACAUUCAUCACCAAAGCUGGGGCAUCAAGACGAACUUUUCUCAGCCGUUCUUCACCUUCUGGGACCGUUGGUUCGGCACUCAGUGGCGCGGCGAUGUGAAGCUCCGCUAUGAACGCUCUCGCGAGUCUGCCCAGAAGCAGUUGGACAACGACGCCACUUCUGCUUCUAACUCUGGGACUGACACGCCGGCUUCUGGGAGUGUUACUCCCGCACCCGCCCCCAUCCAAGAAUCAACGUCUCGAUCCCGACGCAGAAAGACCGUGACUCUUUCCCCCCAUGUCGAAGGGUUCAAAAGUGUGAAUCACGGCGUUGCCAGCAGCGUCCUAUAACCGAAUGCUUUUUUUCGUGUGAAUACUUGGUUCUAAUACUUUCUUUACUUAUGACGUCUUUCAUCGCUCAACGGGCUUUUGGAGUUGCGGGACGCCUCCUGACUACGGCCGUUUAUUGUCUGUUUUACAUUAUCCUUAUAUGUAAUAAUACUUCUGGGUCGAUGAGUGCCUAAUUCUUGUACAAUGUCUUACCUCUUGCUCGGGUUCACUGUUAAAUCAGACCCCUCUCAUGGCCGUGAAAUUGGA